AUGAAGAGCUGGUCGAACCUGUACAAUCUCGAUGAAUUCUGGCUCGAGUUCAACCUCACGGAGCCAGCAAUGAUCAAAGCCGCGAUUGACUGGUUCCAACACAGCGACAUGUUUGAGUGCCUUCUUUCCGGCCAUCGUAUUGAUGAUGCCGGGGCUAAAGUGAUCGCUGAAGCACUCAAGAGCAACAGAACACUGACCAGUAUCGAUCUGAGUGCGAAUCAGAUUGGCUUUGACGGAGGUCAAGCGAUUGCCGAAGCACUCAAGAGCAACGGAACGCUAACUGCUCUCAAUCUGAACAAUAAUUCGAUUGGCGAUACUGGAGCUCAAGCGUUUGCUGAAGCACUCGAGCACAACGAGACACUGACCGAUCUCGAUCUGAGAAUAAGUCGGAUUGGUGGUGCAGGGACGAAGGCUCUCGAAAUGACUGGCAACACGAGGUGUCGUGUGUUUCUUCAAAGCGAUGGCAUCCCGCUAUCUGUUCAACAACGGGCUCCGUCAUCAAGAUCCUCCGCUUCUUCAUCUCCCAAUGAGCAAGUUCGUAUGUCGCAACCUCGUGUCGAGGAUCUGGAGCAGCAGCUUCAAGACAAAGAUGCGGCUGUUGAUUCACAAAUGCCUGGAGACGAAGUCCUGGAAGAGGACCCGUCAACUCCAAGCGCUCGCCAUCAACCACCGGCUGCUUCUGCGCCCCUUCCAAAUCCUCAUCAACCAGCAGCUGUGUCUGAUGUCAGACUGCAUGAAUCAUCCAGUGCACCUACAAUGCAAGUGAUCGACGACCCGAUAGAUGUCUCGCAAACUAGCCAAGGCCAGGUGCAUGACUUGUACUCUGACACGGUUCGCCUCCUCGAGUCCAUCGGCAUGCCGCGCGCUGCUGAGCUUGUACCGCUACCUUCGGACGACGGCCUGGGCCUUCUCGAGCGCUGCACGACACUGGAGCUCGUUAGGAAAAUCGUCGAGUACCUGGAUGAGCACGCAGACUUGACGAGCACGUCGACAUUGGUCGAUCGCGUGCACGCUCUUGGCUUCGACCAGCGUGUCGCCGACCUUCUUGAAGCUCACCGGCAGCGCUGCGGCGACAUGUGGGGCGUUCGAUCAAUUGCCGACUGGCUCUUGACGUACGUAGAAGAAUGCCUCGAGCCUCCAAGCGACGCCCGCUUUCCGUACACUCCGGACACACGCGGAGUGAGGUCGCAGCAGCAAACCGGAAGGCGUGAUGGUCGACCGCUUCAAUAUGUGAACUACCCAGCCGCCGCCAUUGAACGGGGGUCAGAUGCGCUCAGGCAGCCACUUAACGACUAUUUCAGUACGUUUCAAAGCACCCUCCCAAAUUACCAGAACCGCCUGCCUGUCUACUUGUACCACGGCACCAGUCACGAAAAUGCCAUCUACAUAUUCACCAACGGCCCCGAGCGACUGAGCACUCACCAAGAUUUCAGCCGCGAAGGCGCAUUCUGCACCACAACCGACCUGCGACAAGCCAUAGACUGGGCCAGAAGGCGUCAUGUGCUCGGAAACGGCCUCUCGUCGCCUGCGGUCGUCAUCUUCCAGCUCUUUCAGGAUGAGCUCGACCACGAACGCUCGUGGUCGCCAGAUAAUAUCGAAUGGGAGCGGCUUAUUCUCUCGUCGCGUCUACAUGAGCGCCUACUGCGGCAGUACUACCACCACGAUGCUUCGGCUGAGGAUUGUCAGGAGAUUGCGCAGAGGGCCGACUUCGUGUCCGGUCCCUACAGUGCAGCGGGCAGCAGUUGA